CCAUGGAACGUUGUGAGGCUUGGUGCCAUGUUGGAGACAUACUGGUGGGCAGGGCUAACUCAGCUGAAACAGCCAGGAGAGAAAACGAGUGGGACUUCGGUGAUUUCGUGGUUGUUAGCUGUCAUAAUGGAGUCGCUGCAGAAAAGUGGUCGUCGCUCUCAGUCACAGAUAUGCUGCGUGUUUGUGCUUCUUCUCCGGUUGCAGGCGGCUUUGACCGGAGACUGUCCUGCAGAUGGACGCACCUGGGUGCCCUUCAAAGACAGAUGCUACCACUUUGUCCAUGGAGAAGAAGACAAACUCAAAGUGUAUACUUUUCAGAGGGCGAAAAGCCUCUGCCACAACCAUGAGCUGCUGACCAUCCAGAGUGUUGAGGAGAAUGACUUUGUUGUCAAAUAUAGCCCAGAGGUGUGGAAAGGCCAAGUCAACGUGUGGCUGGGGAUGUAUUACGACACAAACAGUGAAGACAUGACGUGGCUCGGUGACGAUCUGGUGAAAUUUACUAACUGGGAAAGUGGAUCGUCUCUAUCCGAUCUGGUGCCCAUGGAUACAUGUGUGGCUCUGCACAGUGACACAGGAAAGUGGGAAACAGUGAGCUGCUCAGAUGACCUGGAGAAUGGAGUGAUCUGUGAGACAGCUCAGACAGUGGAAAUCAAGUCGAAACCCAGCGCACUGCUGUCAGCACUGGUCAUUCUCAGCGUGAUUGCCAUUGUUGCCGUCUCCGCCGUCAUCUGGUUCCUGCACCAGAGGCACCAAAGUCUGGGCUCCACUGUCGUCACGGCCUUCGAGUACCACCCUCCUUUCAGAGUCCCAGACUCGGACCGGUCCUGCCUGGUGGAGGCUGAGGAGCUGGACAGCGGCCCAUAGUAGAAGGUUGUCCUCCAUCCACACAGCUGCGUAAAUACAGUACAGUGCCAAAUGUUUGACUGAGAAUGUAAGAUAAGUCACCAUUUCAACCAUCUACACUAACAGUAGACAUUUCUCUAGCGAGUGUUGACCUAUGUGCAUUUAGUUUCCUUAGUCUAAUCUUGGGCUUGGUCACUAAUCUUGGCUAGAUCGCUGUUGUUGCUCAGUAUAAACUUUUAGUGAUAUGAUUUUCUGUACGUACAAAUUUAUAUAAAUGACCUAAGAUAGACUGCAUAUAAAGAAGGGCUCAAAAAGCAUUGGAUUUGUUGAUUUGUUGCAGUCUUUGAGUUUUUGUUACAAUAUCGUGAGCUUUCUCUGAGAAACUACGUGUCUUCGAAGCUGUGUUGUUUUCUAUCAAAUUGCCCAUCGUCCAAGAAAGCAUCAUUACUUUUUAUUAGUGAAAAAGCAGAGCUGUUGCUAUAUGCCUUUCGCUUUAAUAUUUUGCACAUAAAUCAAACUGUCUUCUAUUGACUGUUGUUUUGCUCUGUUUAACUCAAAAACUGAAAAUUGUAUUUAGUGUAAUUAAAACGAUUGCCAUUAACUUUGUUACAUUUCUAUAUUAGAAGAAAAAAUGUGUGUUCGUUAUAGCAGAGACGUAUAAAGUGUUAUUUGAUCAGAAUAUUUUAGAAUAAUGCCGACUGCACAUUUCUAGCACAAUCUGUGCUCUGCAUCUUCAUAAUAAAGGAACUCUAAAAUGGA